CACCUUCAAUCACACCCGCUGCAACUAAACGGGACUAUUAUUGAUCCUGAUUGAUUGAUUGGCAUCGCAAUGGCGCCGCUGUCCAUCCAGUCGGGAGUGAAUUACGCCAAAACUCUGCUUCCGGACACUCUGCUGAGGUCUGUGUCUACAGUCCAGACCACCAUCUCUCGCCACAUCCUGCCCUCAGCUCAGCCGCGCUAUUUCAAGGUCUGCACCAGCAGCCGGAGGCGGCGGCGAGGUUUGGAGGCGUGCUCCCUGGACGAGCUGCUGGAGCAGGCGGUCAGGGUGUUCAUGCUGUCCUGCCAGUUCCUGACCGUGGUCCUGGAGGAGGACGGGACUGUGGUGGACUCUGAGGAAUUCUUCCAGUCGCUGCCCAGCAACACACCGCUGAUGGUGCUGGAGGAAGGAGAGAUAUGGACCCAGAACAAG